AUGAUGAAGAAAAGCAGAAACAUACUACACCUUCCCGAGGAUUUGGUAGUAGAGAUACUCUCUAGGGUUCCAGCGGUGUCGUUGGCACGAUUACGAUCUACAUCCAAAGCAUGGAACGUUCUUAUCAAAGAUGGGAGACUUGCUACUGAACACUAUGGUAAUGCACCAAAGCACUCUCUGAUUAUCAUGUUGAUUGCUUUUAGGGUUUAUUUGGUGAGCGUCGAUCUUCAUCAAGUUUACAACAACAAGGUAAAAGUAGCAAGUCAAUUUAGCCUAAAAGAUCCUCUUUAUGAUUCUUUUAAAGAAGUUGAUAUAUGCAACAUCUUUCAUUGCGACGGCUUAUUGCUAUGCACUACCGUAGACAAUAGACUAGUAGUUUGGAAUCCGUGUUCGGGUGAAGUUAAGUGGAUCCAACCAAGACGUUCUAACGAGAGAUUUACUAUCUUUGCUCUCAGUAAAUCCUCAAGCAACAAGUACAAAAUCUUGAGGAUAAAUCAAACUCUUGAAUAUGGUGUUACUAGCUGGAAAAUAUUACUUGACUGGGAAAUCUAUGAUUUUACCAUUAAUUCGUGGAGAGUUGUUGGCAAGUUAACUAACAGCUGGUUCAUACCAAAUAUGAAUGAACGUGGCACGUCUGUGAAUGGAAAUGCAUAUUGGCUUGCUAAUUCCAAAGAUUUGACAAAUAUGGAUUUUUUACUUGGCUUUGAUUUUUCUUCCGAGAGAUUUACAAGCGUCUCGCUUCCGUGGGAUGAUCAUCUUCCUUAUUAUCAUCUUAUUGCUUUAUCAGUGACUAGAGAAGAUCAGAAACUUUGUAUAAUAGCUAGUCAGGUCAUGCAGUCAUCUAGUAGAGAUGUAUGGAUUGCAACCAAGAUUGAGAGUAGUACUGGAGCCGCGUCAUGGGCCAAGUUUCUAUCACUCCGGUUAGUUAACAAGCCUUUUUACUUUGCUAGUGGGAUGAAUUUCUUGGUCGAGGAGGAGGACAAAGUUUUAGUGUGUCGCGGUAAAAUGGAUGGGGUCUCCACCUGUUUCUUACACGUUGUGGGAGAGGAUAAUAAGUGUAUACAAGUGGAUCAUCAUGAUCCAGAAUCUACAUGCUCACUUGUCGUCAGUUAUGUUCCAACUUUGGUGCAAAUCCAACAAGGUUCAUAGUUACGUUCUUGGAGUGAGGCAAAGGGAAAUACAAUUGAGCU